UCUCGUUAUGGAAGUCCCACUCCUCAUUUUCUUCUCGUCCAUCGUGAUCACCGCAGCGCUCGAUUCUGAAACGGAGAAGAAAGACGUGGAGGAGGACGACCCGUUUCAUUUCGAUUAUGUAUCUCUCCGGAUCGGAGGUUUGGUCUUUGCCGGAGUCCUCUUCAUCCUCGGGAUCCUCAUCAUCUUGAGCCGAAAAUGCCGUUGUAAAUUCAACCAGCAUCAAAGAACCGGGGAGCCUGUUGAAGAAGAAGGUUCUCUCCGAGCAUCCAUAAGACGUCUUUCCAGCAGGCGGUUAUAGCUUUAUUACGUAGCGUGAGAAGAUGUGUGGCGUGUCGCCGGCUUGGAUCCUUGCUUCUUGUAUCUGCUCACCUGAUCCGCCUCAAGAUCAAGGUCAAAAUCUGCAACAGAAUUGUCCGCCGAAUGUCCCAAAAUUGGUUAAAAAUGUAACCCCAUAUGAUGCAAUAUGUAACCUUCAAUUAUUAGAAUAGAGCUGCUGACAAGGAAAAACAUUUUCGAUGGGGAGGUAUGUUACACAUUUUGAUUUAAAAAAAGCCGAUUUAGGGUUUCACGUUUUGGCUCGAUAUGUAAGUGGUUCCUUGUCAUAAAGUUAAAUGUAAAUAAAAUAAAAAUGCCUCUUCCAGAGUA